AUGAGAAAGAGAGGAAUAGGUGGAUUGGGCAAUCAGUUGUGGGAUGAACAAACUAUUGAAGACACAAGUCGAGGCCUGGAAGGGGCAGCGGAAGUUUCCAGAGCGACAACAGGCAUCUCCAUGAAGUCUCGCUUGGUGGUGCUGGUUGUGCUGGUGGUACUGGUGGUACUGCUAGGGCUCCCCAACUUUGUCAUAAUGGCGAGAGCUUCACCAACAGCAGCCAAUCACUCGUCGUUCGACUCAUUAUCAGCAGAAUCCCUUAUGGGUUCCAAUCAAUCUAUGAACAGUUCGUGUCAAGACUAUCCUGCUGCCUACUUUGAAGAGCUUCUGGCGUCGAUUCGAUCCGCGAAUGAAUCCACAAUUAGUAGUGAUAGCCGCAGUCCAUCGCCACUGUGCGUGACAGAUGUAGUUCCACUCGACAAAUGUCGGUGCUUGAAUCCCUUUAUACCAACACCUCAAGAUCCCAGCAAGGUUCGAACGUGGCGUGAUAUAUCCAAAAUGAACAGCAACCUCAUUCAGAACAACUACACAUCGAGACACAUCCAACCUGAUUUUGUCAUUUAUGGGGAUUCCAUCACGGAGCGUCUAUUGGGACGAUUCUUUGGCAACUAUGGACCCAAAAUGAUAGACUAUGCUCACAUGACGUUUCAACACAUGACCAAGGAUGGAGGAGCUCACAUCAAUGGGCUUCCUCUGGGAAUUAGUUCGGAUGAGAUUUCACACCUCUUGUAUCGUCUCCAGAACGGUGAACUGCCAUUCGACCUACAACCUCAUUCUGCUUGGUGGAUCUUGGUUGGUACCAAUGAUCUAAAAGCUGGAUGUUCCGUGGAAAGUAUUGUUGCGGGGAAUAUCCGCAUUGUCCAAGAACUUCAACGACAUGCCGAAAAACGCGUCACAAAAGCGGCCGUACAUGUGCCGAUCGUGAUCAACUCGAUACUACCCAGAGGUCGUCAACCAUUGUUACUUUCUCGCAAUUCCAUGUGGCGAAUGAUACAUGACAUCAAUCAGCAAUUGGAGUGUUAUGCCUCCAUCACUCCACACAUAUUCUUUGCCAAUGUCACUGGCAUGUUUGUACAAAUGCAAAGCGGCGGAAAUCAGCCAAUGGUCCAUCCGGAAAUGUUCAUCAAAGACAAUCUGCAUCCAUCCGUGGAAGGUUCGCGCAUGUGGGAAGACUACAUGGUGGCACAAGUCCUGUCGAUGGCUGGAUCCAGGUAG